CAGCAUGUCAUUGGCCUGUUGUAUUGUGCAGUGCCUGGAGACGCUGAGGUCAGGGCAGAUGGACAUGCAGAAGUUCAUCGCCGACGGCUGCAAGGAGGCUCUGCUGGAGGAGAAGAGACGCUUCUGCUUCCUGGUGGACAAACACUGCACCUUCUCCUAUCAGAUCGCUGCCUUCCACGACAAGGCCAGAGACAUGCUUUUCGGGAAGCUGCCCACCUGGCAGGACAAGUGUGGCGAUGCCACCAACGUGCCCGAGAGCGUGAUGUCUAUGAUUGAGGGUCUUCGCACCCCAGUGUCCAUCACCCCCCAGGCCUCCCCCAUCUCCCAGAGACACAGUAGGGUGAGAAGGCAGUCACUCAUUCAUUAACCAUUUAGAAAACCAUUUAUUAAUUAGAAUAUCUCAUUCUGAUUCAAUGUGAGAGAGCGAGAGAACACAGCACAGAUACCUUGUGAUGACACUAUGGCUUCACUGAUUUAAUCAUAAUAAUGAAAUGGUAAAAACCUGUAAUACCUGUACUACUAAUGUACCGCUACCAGUGGCAGGUUAACUGCUAAUGUACCACUACCAGUGGCAGGCUAACUACUAAUGUACCACUACCAGUGGCAGGUUAACUACUAAUGUACCACUACCAGUGGCAGGUUAACUGCUAAUGUACCACUACCAGUGGCAGGUUAACUGCUAAUGUACCACUACCAGUGGCAGGUUAACUGCUAAUGUACCACUACCAGUGGCAGGUUAACUACUAAUGUACCACUACCAGUGGCAGGUUAACUACUAAUGUACCACUACCAGUGGCAGGUUAACUACUAAUGUACCACUACCAGUGGCAGGUUAACUGCUAAUGUACCACUACCAGUGGCAGGUUAACUGCUAAUGUACCACUACCAGUGGCAGGUUAACUGCUAAUGUACCACUACCAGUGGCAGGUUAACUGCUAAUGUACCACUACCAGUGGCAGGUUAACUGCUAAUGUACCACUACCAGUGGCAGGUUAACUACUAAUGUACCACUACCAGUGGCAGGUUAACUACUAAUGUACCACUACCAGUGGCAGGUUAACUACUAACAACAGUACAUUCUAGCACUCAUACUAUCCCCUUCCUGUGUUCCACUUCCUAUGGUCAGAGCAACUCCAUAUUCCGGGACACAGUUCCACCCCCUGCCCCGGCACUGAAGGCUCAGACCAGCCCAUUGGCCAGUAUGUUCACGCAGGACACACCCACAACAAACUCAGUCACCAGAGAGACUGAGAGUGGCACAGACUACAGGGACAAUGGAGGGGAGGAGAGUGGCGGUCUAGGUCCCAGGUCAGUGUCUGUGGCUACAGGACUCAACAACAUUGUGAAGAGACCCAGGGUCCGCACCAUCUUCCCCCACACCUCUGGGACCAACUCUACGCUGCUCAGCUUUGACGAGGGAGACAUCAUCACCCUGCUCAUACCUGAUGAGAGGGACGGAUGGCUCUACGGAGAACUGGAGAAAACCAGGCAGAGGGGAUGGUUUCCAUCAUCCUAUUGCCGGGCAUAUUCAGAGCCAAUAGUGAAUAACAACAGUGUGGGGGCUCCUCCCAUGCGCAGUAAGAGCGUGGUGAACCUGCUCCACCAGGACACAGAGACAGAUGAUUCCUCCAUGGUCCUCCCCCCUCCCGACUACAGCGACUUCCCCAAGAGGAGUGUCCUCCCGGGCAGCAAGCAGCACUCGCCCUCCCUCUCCGGCUCCUCUAUACACACGGGAACCCAACUGAAUGGGUUUGGGAAGACGCCUCUUUUCUUCGGGGGAGGGAACCCGUUCACCGCAGUCAAGCUACGUCCCACAGUCACCAAUGACCGCUCAGGCCCAGUCAUCUAAACCUCCAGACCCACCCUCCUGUCCACCUCUACACAGGAGCGGCACCUCCAGCUGGGCAUCACCCCAUGCUGUCCCCCCUCCUCCAGGCGGAUGGACCCAGGGCCGGACACUAGUGUACGAGACAACUUGACACUGUGGGCUGCUGUGCUGAAGAUCCAGUAAUUUCACUACUACAGAUGCCAUUAUAAAUGACAUUGUCUAAUACACAGUUUGCCCUACUGCUGCAAACCUGAGAAGGUGGGAGGAUUUAUUUAUGUAAACAGAUAUAUAUAGAUUUUCUAGACCUAUUUUUGUCGGUGAUGAUGAGUGGCGACAUACUACAUGCGUUCUCGCUGGGCGUGUGUGAAAAGGAGUCGAGGAAAGCCUGAGAUCGGGCCGUUGAAAUAUCAGAAUGUAUUUAUGACUCUUUUUUUUUUUUUUUCUUCAAUCACUCGUCAAAAAAUGUUAGUUGCCAUAGGGCAGUAGAUAAAUGAAUAUAUGCAAUACGGGACCUAUGCAUCACACUUUACAGAGGUCCUUAUGGUAGUGUUGCUCGUUAUUGUUGAUAUAUCUCGAAUAUGAUAUGUACAAUUGCAUUGUUGCUAUCAUUACUAAAGACCAACUGCUAGUGACUGUUGAAUAGAAGUGUACUCAUUCAAGGGAAGCGCACAUCAUUUUCCCCCCUCAACUCCUUCCAAGAAGUGUACAAUGAAUUUGAUUGGUUGAGUGUGUCAUUGUCAUCUUGCUGAUUGGUUUUUCAGUUAAGUGUUCAUACAGUGCUGCUGUUACUAGUGGAUGAUGUGAGACCUGUUUACCUUGACUCUAUAUACCAACAGUAAUCAUUCUGUGAAACGUCUCUCACCUGUCUGUUAUUCAAGUAGCCCGGGUCAUGUUCAUUAGGCACCAAACGGAAGAAAGCAGACUGAAACCUUUGAGGGAAUAUUUCUUAUUGUUUCAUAUAAAAAAAAUCAACUGUUUUAAAAAGUUUUCCCUUACAUUUCCUAAUGAAUAUGAGCCAGUAGUGCUGUGGACAUACAUUGUUAAAAGGACAUGGUUAAAUGGAACUCAUAACUUCCCAUAGACCGUGCAGCCAUUUUACUUUUAUCUUCAUGCUUCAUGGAAGGCAUUUUCAACCUAAUGGCUAAUUUUAUCAUUUUUCUUUGGUCUGCCUUGCCUACUCCCUGAGUUUGGAACGUUGCUGUAUGAAAAUAAACAAAUAUACACUGAACAAAAAUGUAAACGCAGCAUGUAAAGUGUUGGUCCCAUGUUUCAUGAGCUGAAAUAAAAUAUUCCAUAAAUGUUC